AUGCUCGGGUGCCGCUUCCGUCGGGUAGCAGAAGAUUUAGAGCUCGCAAUGGUCGGUGAAGACCUGUACGCGGUAGGCUGGUGUGAUGAAGCCAGGCGUGGUACGUGUUGGCGCACGUGCGGCAGGCUUCAGCCCGGAUUGGUAUUACGACGAGGGGAGACUGAAUGCGUCAGUAGUCAGCGGGCUGUGAUUCCACCGUCUGCCCGGAAGUUCGCAGACCGAGGAGCAGCGACUGCAGGAACACACAUUGUACUAGUUGCGAAUGGUUUCCUUGACCCUCUGUCGUGGACCCAGGGCCGUGGUCUCCGGAAGGGGUACAAGUGA